GCUUCUACACGCCGGCUAGGACCUUGCCGGGCUGCGCGUCACGUCCGGCGGGGGCGAUGGCGGCGGUGCGGACCUGGGGCUGAGCGGAGCGGGACGGCAUGGAGGGCGGGCGGGCGCCUGCCUGCACCACGCAGGUCAGCUUCGUGUGCCAGCGCUGCAGCCAGCCGCUGAAGCUCGAUACCUCCUUCAAGAUCCUCGACCGGCUCACCAUCCAGGAGCUCACCGCGCCGCUGCUGACCGCUGCGCCUGCCCGGCCCGGGGAUGCGCAGGAGGAGAGCGCCCUGAGCGAGGAGGCCUUCACGGAGAGUCGGCAGGACGGCGUCUCCAGGAGGUUCAUCCCACCAGCCAGAAUGAUGUCAACAGAAAGCGCCAACAGCUUCACGCUGAUUGGAGAGGCAUCAGAUGGAGGCACAAUGGAAAACCUCAGCAGAAGACUGAAGGUUACCGGUGAUCUCUUUGAUAUCAUGUCUGGGCAGACAGAUGUGGAUCACCCCCUGUGUGAGGAGUGCACAGAUACUCUGCUAGACCAGCUAGACACACAGCUUAAUAUCACAGAGAAUGAAUGCCAGAACUACAAGAGAUGUCUGGAGAUACUGGAAAAAAUGAACGAGGAUGAUAAGGAGAAACUGCAGACAGAACUGAAAGAACUUGCACUGGAAGAAGAGCAACUGAUUCAGGAGCUAGAAGAUGUUGAGAAGAACCGCAAGGUUGUGGCUGAAGACUUUGAGAGAGUCAGGGCAGAGGCAGAGCGACUGGAACAGGAAGAAGCUCAGUAUCAGAAAGAAUACUGUGAAUUUAAGAGACAACAACUGGAGCUAGAUGAUGAACUGAAAAGUGUGGAGAACCAAAUGCGUUAUGCUCAGAUGCAACUGGAUAAAUUAAAGAAAACUAAUGUGUUCAAUGCAACUUUCCACAUCUGGCACAGUGGUCAGUUUGGCACAAUAAAUAACUUCAGACUUGGCCGUCUCCCCAGUGUUCCUGUAGAAUGGAAUGAGAUCAAUGCAGCUUGGGGGCAGACUGUGCUGUUACUGCAUGCCCUUGCUAACAAAAUGGGCCUGAAGUUUCAAAGAUACCGUCUUGUACCGUAUGGCAACCACUCAUAUUUAGAGUCCCUCACGGACAAAUCAAAGGAACUACCCUUGUAUUGUUCUGGAGGCCUAAGGUUCUUCUGGGACAAUAAAUUUGAUCAUGCGAUGGUGGCUUUCUUGGACUGUGUGCAGCAAUUUAAAGAGGAAGUGGAAAAAGGUGAAACUCGGUUUUGUUUGCCUUAUAGGAUGGACGUGGAGAAAGGAAAGAUUGAAGAUACAGGUGGCAGUGGUGGUUCUUACUCUAUUAAAACACAAUUUAACUCUGAGGAGCAAUGGACAAAAGCACUAAAAUUCAUGUUAACUAACCUGAAGUGGGGUCUUGCCUGGGUCUCAUCCCAAUUCUAUAACAAGUAACCAUGUCAAGAACUGGCAGCUGUAGAGUAUUUGCAUUUUAUUGGAGAAACUCAGAUUAAGAAGUCUCUGAAUACUAACCAGUACAAAAUGUUUACAAUACCAAAAAUCCACAAGACACUUUAUUUAAAAAAUAAAAAAAGUUAUUACAAGUAGUAUGUAGAAAAGCAAUAUGUAAAAUUAUAUGAUUGAGCUGAGCUGAAUUUGAAAAAAAUCAGCUACUGAAUAGACAUUAAACUGGCAUUUUGGAUGUUUAUAGAUAUGUAUAUAAGUUACUGUCGAACUUCAAAAUGCCAGCGAAUUUGAUACUACUGUUACAGCUUAACAAAACAGGGGUCAGGAAAGUGAAAUGUUUCUAACAGGGAAUAAUGUGGAAAAACAUAUGGAAGGUCUGUUUGGACACUGAAGUAGAACUACAGCUUAAAAUAAAAUAUUUUCUAAGUCAUA